AUGAUUACGGAUGAAAACGAAAUCACUGGGCAAGUACCAUAUCAAGAGGUAAUUGGUUCACUUUUAUACUUGGCAAAUGCUACCAGACCAGAUUUAUCAUUCUCGACCAGCGACAUGAGCCGAUUUAACGUAAAGCACGCGGAAGCACAUUGGACGGGUGUGAAAAGAAUUUUACGUUAUAUAAAAGGAACGGCUGACUACAAAUUAAGAUUUCAUCGCAGUGGCGAAAAUCAAAUGCUCCACGCAUUUUGUGAUGCGGAUUGGGGAUCAGAAACGGAUGGAAGAAAAUCGCGUACGGGAUACGUGUUAAUGAUGUCUGGCGCGGCAAUAUCAUGGUCCAGUAAAAUGCAGCCAAUCGUGGCAUUAUCGAGUACAGAAGCCGAGUAUAUUUCACUGUCUGCUGUGACACGUGAAAUAAUCUGGACAACUCAAUUGGCUGGAGAGAUUGGUGAGAAACAAGAACCAGUCACAAUCUAUUGUGAAAAUAACAGUGCCAUUCAACUGGGCGAGCUGGAGGCGUAUAGGCCGCGAACCAAACACAUAGACAUCAGAUACCAUCAUAUACGCCAACAAAUUCAACAGGGGGUCAUUCGCCUCGAGCAUAUUUCAACUAACCUUCAGACGGCUGAUGCUCUAACAAAGGCAGUUACGGGUGAUAAGACGAAAUUUUGUUCGACCGGAAUGGGAUUAAGUGAAACAGAAUAA